AUGGCCAACCUUUACUUCACCCAUUCGAGCGCUCCGCUCAAGACAGUGGAAGAGAUUCAAUUCGGUUUAAUGUCUCCCGAGGAGAUCAAGAACAUGAGUGUCUGCCACAUUACUUAUCCCGAAACGAUGGAGGAGAACAAAACCAAGCCUCGUGAUGGUGGCCUCAACGACCCGCUCCUCGGAUCAAUCGAUCGACAAUUCCGUUGCAAAACCUGCACCCAAGCAAUGGGCGAGUGCCCUGGCCACUUCGGCCACAUCGAACUGGCCAAACCUGUCUACCAUCCCGGAUUUAUCAAGAAAGUCAAAAAGAUUUUGGAGAUAGUCUGCCACAACUGUAGCAAAGUGCUAGCCGAUGAUGUUGGUCUCGCUAGAGAUCCUGAGUUCGUUAACGCCAUUAACACUCGAGAUCCUAAAGUCCGUUUCAACCGCGUGUGGGAAGUCUGCAAGAAGAAGCGGAGAUGUGAGAACGACGAGGCGAAGCAAAAGGACGAUGAGUUCGGCACGAAGACUGGCCCCCCGAGAGGUCACGGUGGCUGCGGUAACAUGCAGCCCAACGUUCGACAAGCAGCCCUACAGCUCAAAGCUGCCUUCGAUGAAGUUACAGUCGAUGAAGAUGGACAGAAGUCGAAGAAGAAGGAGACAACACCUAUCACCCCCGAGAUGGCGCACAGCAUUCUGAGGAGAAUUACGGAGGAUGAUCUUAUCAACAUGGGCCUCAACUCCGACUAUGCUCGUCCCGAGUGGAUGGUUCUUACUGUUCUUCCUGUGCCACCACCCCCAGUCCGUCCCAGUAUCUCCAUGGAUGGCACGGGCACUGGUAUGCGCAACGAAGAUGAUUUGACAUACAAGCUGGGUGAUAUCAUUCGUGCCAACGGAAAUGUCAAGCAAGCCAUUCGUGAAGGAUCCCCGCAACACAUUGCCCGAGACUUCGAGGAGCUCUUGCAAUAUCAUGUUGCGACCUACAUGGACAACGAUAUUGCUGGCCAACCUCGUGCUCUUCAGAAGAGUGGUCGACCUGUGAAGGCUAUUCGUGCACGCCUAAAGGGUAAGGAGGGUCGUCUUCGAGGUAACUUGAUGGGUAAGCGUGUCGACUUUUCGGCACGUACUGUCAUUACUGGUGAUGCCAACCUUUCUCUACACGAGGUUGGUGUCCCUCGCAGUAUUGCCAGGACUCUCACCUAUCCCGAAACUGUGACACCCUACAACAUCGGAAAGCUGCAUCAGCUUGUCGAGAAUGGACCCAACGAACAUCCUGGUGCCAAGUAUGUUAUCCGAGCUGAUGGUCAGCGAAUCGAUUUACGCCAUCACCGCCGUGCUGGUGCGAUUUCUCUUGAGUACGGAUGGAAGGUUGAGCGUCAUUUGAUGACUGGUGACUACAUCAUCUUCAAUCGUCAGCCCUCUCUGCAUAAAGAAUCUAUGAUGGGUCAUCGUGUUCGUGUCAUGCCGUACUCAACCUUCCGUCUCAACCUCUCUGUUACUUCUCCUUACAACGCCGAUUUCGAUGGUGAUGAGAUGAACCUUCACGUCCCCCAGAGCGAGGAAACACGCGCCGAGGUCAAAGAGCUUUGUCUAGUUCCCUUGAACAUUGUUUCUCCUCAGAAGAACGGUCCUUUGAUGGGUAUCGUCCAGGACUCUCUGGCUGGUGCCUACAAGCUUUGCCGUCGAGAUGUUUUCCUCACAAAGGAGCAAAUCAUGAACUGUAUGCUCUGGGUGCCUAACUGGGACGGUGUCAUUCCUCAGCCUGCUAUCUAUAAGCCUCGUCCUCGGUGGACUGGUAAGCAGCUCAUCAGCAUGGUUAUCCCUAAGGAGGUUAGCCUGUUCAACGGUACGGAUUCUGGUGAAAACGCCCCUCUUAAGGAUGAGGGUCUUCUGAUCCAAGCCGGCCAACUGAUGUAUGGUCUUUUGACUAAGAAGAACAUUGGUGCUGCCGCGGGCGGUAUUGUGCAUAUCAGCUACAACGAACUUGGCCCUGAAGGUGCGAUGGCUUUCUUGAACGGUGUCCAGCAAGUUGUCACCUACUGGCUUCUCAACAAUGGUCAUAGCAUUGGUAUUGGUGAUACAAUUCCCGAUGCGGCAACCAUUGCUAAAGUUCAGGUACAUAUUGAUGAGGAAAAGGCUGAAGUUGCUCGCUUGACAGCAAUGGCCACAGCGAAUGAGCUUGAGGCCCUACCUGGUAUGAACGUUCGUGCGACCUUCGAAAACAAGGUCUCCAUGGCUCUGAACCAGGCCCGUGAUAAGGCUGGUACCACAACACAGAAGAGUUUGAAGGAUUCAAACAACGCUGUCACCAUGGCUUCCUCAGGUUCCAAGGGUUCAUCUAUCAAUAUUUCUCAAAUGACUGCGCUUGUCGGUCAGCAAAUUGUCGAAGGCAAGCGUAUUCCGUUUGGCUUCAAGUAUCGCACAUUACCUCACUUCACCAAGGACGAUUACUCACCUGAGGCCCGUGGCUUUGUCGAGAACUCUUACCUCCGUGGUCUUACUCCCAGCGAGUUCUUCUUCCACGCCAUGGCUGGUCGAGAAGGUCUCAUUGAUACUGCGGUCAAGACUGCCGAAACAGGUUAUAUUCAGCGACGAUUGGUCAAGGCUCUGGAAGAUCUUUCUGCCCGUUACGAUGGAACUGUCCGAAACUCCCUGGGAGACAUUGUUCAGUUCCUCUAUGGUGAAGACGGUCUCGAUGCUAUGAUUAUUGAGAAACAGAAGUUGGGUAUCCUCAAUAUGUCAAACUCGGCAUUUGAGAAGAAAUAUCGUCUGGAUCUUGCCAACCCUCCGGACUGGUUCAAGCAUGACUACGAAUUUGGUAACGAAUUGACUGGCGACAAGGAAUCUAUGGAGUAUCUCGAUCAAGAAUGGGAGAAGCUGUUAGCUGAUCGCCGACAAGUGCGACAGAUCAACAAGGCCAAGGGAAAUGAGGAAAUGAUGCAGCUGCCACUGAACAUCACUCGUAUCAUCGAGUCCGCUAAGCGAGUUUUCAAUGUCAAGGCCAAUGACAGAAGCAACUUGCGGCCUUCUGAAGUCAUUCCAGCCGUGCAAAACUUGUUGGAUAGCAUGAAGAUUGUUCGUGGUACUGAUGAAAUCUCGAUUGAAGCUGACGCAAAUGCAUCCAUUCUCUUCAAGGCCUUGCUCCGCUCUCGCCUGGCCUUCAAGGAGGUGGUCAAGGAGCAUCGGCUGAACAAAUUGGCUUUCGACCAUAUUCUGGGUGAACUCCAAAACAGAUGGGAUCGCGCAUUUGUCAACCCUGGUGAAAUGGUUGGUGUUCUGGCUGCGCAGUCUAUUGGUGAGCCUGCUACUCAGAUGACACUGAACACCUUCCAUUUCGCUGGUGUGUCGUCCAAGAACGUUACUCUUGGUGUGCCGCGUCUCAAGGAAAUUCUUAACUUGGCCAAAAACAUCAAGACUCCCAGUAUGGCUGUGUACCUCAACACACCGCUCGCAAGACAAGAGCAAGCCAAGAAGCUUCGAAGUAUGGUAGAAUACACCAACCUUCGCUCUGUCACCUCGGUGACUGAGAUUUACUAUGAUCCAAACAUCACGGAAACAAACAUCCCUGAAGAUGUGGACAUGGUUGAGUCUUACUACAUGAUCCCGGAUGAGAGCGUGGACCCCACCGCCAACCAAUCGCGAUGGCUUCUACGUAUUACUCUGGACCGACAGAAGCUUCUGGAUAAGGAGAUUAAGAUCGAUGAUGUUGCUCAGCGCAUCAAGGAGGAGUACCCUACUGAUCUGGCAGUCAUUUUCAGUGACAACAACGCCGAUGAGCAGGUCAUCCGUAUUCGAACCCUUCAAACCGGUGACAAGGAUGAGGAGGGUGAAGGUGGCAUGGAGGAGGAUGUCAUGCUCAAGCGCCUGGAGGCCCAUCUCUUGGAUACUCUCACUCUUCGUGGCGUUCCUGGCAUUGAACGUGCUUUCCUCACCAAGGGCACCCGACUCACUGAAGGACCUGAUGGAGCUUUGCUUGCUAUCAAGGAUGACCCCCGCUGCACACAGUGGUAUCUGGAUACCAGUGGUACUGCCCUUCGCGACGUUUUGGCCGUGGACGGUGUCGACGCGACUCGAACAUAUACAAACGAUCUGUAUCAAAUCGUCGAGGUCUUUGGUAUUGAAGCUGCUCGUGCCGCGUUGGCGAAGGAGUUGACCAACGUGCUAGCCUUUGACGGUUCUUAUGUCAACCAUCGUCACAUUGCCCUCCUUGUUGAUGUGAUGACAUACAGAGGCUCCAUUUCAGCGGUCACUCGACAUGGUAUCAACCGAGCCGACACCGGUGCUCUAAUGCGUUGUUCUUUCGAGGAGACAGUCGAGAUUCUCCUCGAAGCUGCCGCCACAGGUGAAUUGGAUGAUUGCCGUGGUAUCUCGGAGAACGUCAUGCUAGGUCAGAUGGCGCCCAUGGGUACCGGUAACUUUGAUGUCUUGCUGGAUCCUAAGAUGCUUGAGACUGUUAUUUCUGAUAACUCUCGCAUGGGCUUGAUGGCAGGUAUGCCCACCAAGGGCGGAGAUGUUGAAGGAGCUGCUACUCCCUACGACACUGGCUCCCCCAUGGCUGAUUCGGGCUACCUCAGCCUCAACUCUCCUGCUGCAGGAAACUUCUCCCCUAUCCAGGGUGCUGGGUCGGAAUCACCUGGUGGCUUCACCGUUGUUGGUGAUCAUGGAUUCGGUGGUGCUAGCCCGUACAACCGCGGAGCGGCCAGCCCCUUCAGCAGUACAUCCCCAACAUCGCCAUUCAGUUACUCGCCGUCAUCACCUAAUAUGGGAUACUCUCCCACAUCACCUCUCAUUGAUGGUGGUGGCAUGAGCCGCUAUGGACCAACAUCUCCUUCUUUCAGCCCAUCAUCACCAUCAUUCUCUCCUACCUCGCCGAUGUUGCGUCCGACAAGCCCUGCAAGCCCCAACUACAGCCCGACGUCACCCAGCUACUCGCCCACGUCACCUUCGUCUCCCAGACACUACUCGCCGACAUCGCCAGCACAGUUCAACGUCUCCUGA